AUGGCCCCAAAGAAAGGUGGUAAAGAACCAGCUAAGAAACCAGGCAAAGAGGCGGUGAAGGUAUCCGGACCUCCACCAAAGCCGAAGAAAAUCCCACCACCUCCAGCAUGCUUUAAACCCGAAGACAUUGCGAGGUUCAAGGAAGUAUUUAAGUUACACGAUGAGGAAAAUAUCGACAAGGUGCCGAUUGAUGACAUUGGGAUAAUGCUGAGGAGAAUUGGUUUUAACCCCAAAACUGCAGAACUCCAGGAAUUAUUCGCGAAGAUUCUUGAAGAUGAUCUAGUAGAUCAAGUGGAGUUUCACGAAUUUUUGUUUAUGAUAGAAGCUAAAAUGGCUAUGGGAGAUGAUUUUGAGGUAGUUAUAGUCAAUGCUAUGCGAGAUUUAGGUCAUGACGAUGAAGAAACAGGUCUCGUAGACUUUGAGAAGUUUCGAGAAGAAUUGAUGACGUGGGGUGAACCCCUCGUUGAUAUAGAGUUUAUGGACUGGAUCAAACUUUGUAUGAAAGACAAAACUUAUAACAUCGAAGAUGGAACAUUUCGCUAUAUAAAGUUCAUAGAGAAUAUGAAUAUGAGGGAUAGAAGAUUCUUCCCAGAGCCAAUUAACUACUUUAAGUUAGAUCAGAAGACUUUAGCUGCGAUGGCAAUGCAGAAGGCUCAGGAGGAGAAGGAAGCAGAAGAGAAGAAGGCAGCAGAAAAGCGUGCGAGAGAAGAAGCUAAACGGCAAAGGAUGAUCGCAGAGGGUUUAAUACCACCGGACUAG